AUGCUGUCUUGCAAUGGCCGCAUACAACUAAAGUCAAGAGUCGUCGGCCCUUCCCUCACAAAAAUGAUAUUGGCCGCAGAGUUUCAAGAGGUUGAAUGUCCAAUGUAUGUUCCCAUACAAGAAAUAGCAUACAGGGCGAAGACCGGCUUCUUCGACCUUCCUUCGGAACUACGCAAUCAGAUCUACGAGCUCGCCGCGCAGGACGACCAAUCUUCGACAACAAGGCGUAGAUUCAUCAUCCCAGGCUGUAGCGAGAUCCCAGCCUUCGCGAACACAUGUCGUCAGAUACGACAAGAAUACCUCGCGUUCUGGAUCGAGGGCAGAACUUUGGAAAUCCACCUCAAUCUACCUUUACGCGAACCAGAAGUGGAGAAAGAGCUUCAUCGCUGGAUGUUGACCGUCGGCAGAGCAGCGGUCCCCUUCUGCAAGUCGUUUCUGCUGGGAGGAAUCAGAGUACAGUUGGAUCCUGACCACUUCGUGGCCCACCAAGCAUUCAACUCCAACAUGAAGAGGGUGGCUGACGAGAUUGUCAGGAUCCUCAAAGCCAAGGGCGAGAAGCCUCGGUUGACUGCGAAAGAGAUUGAAUUCGUCCGAAGCUUAUACGGCGAGAAGGAAUUGAAGGGACCAGAUGGUGAGAAGGAAGUAAGAAACUCAAAGGGUCAAUUCGUCGGCUGGGUCAAAAAUGCAUUAGUUACCAGUGUUCACGAACAGCGACGGAAGGCUGGCGGCUUGUUCCAAGUUGACUCUAGAGUAUGCCGGGUCAUACGCAAGCAACACCGUCUAGCUUGCCGGAUCAGCGCCAUUCACUUCUCCUAUCCUCCUGCGAGAGCUCACAUACGAGUAUUUGGGGGGGGGGGGGGGCCGUCACGGCACGCGGGACUUCUCUAA